AUGAAGGCAUUCAGGAAGGGGACAACGAAACGCAAAACCGGUCUGGACGGAUUUGUUUCAUCGUCUCGUUCUGCAGCUGCCUUCCCAAUUGGAUCGUCGACUGCAAACUGUCAGCCUGUUAGUGAUGGCGGAGUCCAAAUGCAGGUCAAGAUCCGUACCCCGACAACGCGCGUGGGGGUCCGCAAUAGCGGAAGAGGGGUGUGGGUGAAGCCAGAUCGUCAAAGGGUCAAGGGCUGGAAUACGAGUGUUUAG